AUCCACUUACCCACUUUUUUAUUAUUUGUAUCUGUCAUCACUUUUCGGAGUAGGUAGUUAAAAUGCUUUGAUAUUUAACAUCAGCAUCUUUUCUGAUACUUGGUAGGAACUAGGAACUAGUUGUUACUUAGUAGUUUGUGGAGUUUUUAAGAGUAUAAAUAAACUAUAAAGCAUUACUAUUUUUUAAAAUGCCAUUGCGUACAGACGUACAGUAAAAUUUAUUAUAUACGUAAAAGUCUCAAGUUAUCUAUUAACUUUCAUACAUUCGCCCGACCAGAAAUAUCUAUCAUUAUUAUAAUAUUUUAUUGAUAUAUUUGAUGCGUGACAAAAACAUUUCUAGUAGUUAAUACUUUGCAUGGGCCCUCACAGGGACAUGUUCAGUGGAGCCCAUUAUUCAGUUGAAAUAAAUAAAUAUAUAAAUACACUCCAAUACAUAAAAAAAAAAUAUAUAACUAUUUAACUACCUAAAAAUUAUAUUAUUAUAGGUGUCAGCUAAAAAAGAUUAACUUUUCUAAAAAAAUAUACAAUUUACAUUGUUACAAGCUUAGAUCAUAUGAUUUAAGGUUACAAGCUCAGCUGUGGACGGCCGCCAUUUUGUUAGGUGGUAAAACAAUUUAAUUUAUUAUACAAAAUGUGUACCUACUUAUCUAUGGUAUAAAGAAUAAUAUUUUUUUUAAUGGUCAAAUAAAAUUAUAAAAUAGUAAAUGUAAAAUUACUUAUAUAAAAUAUAUUUUUUUUUUUUUAAGCAACAUGUUUAGAAAUAAUAAAAUACGAUACAGAAUAAAUCAUCAUAUCAUCUUAUUUUCAUAAUAUGAUACACCGUAUAAACGCCAGCCGACCUUGAAGCUUCAAUUCAUGGCGGGAGUUCGCUAACUAGUACUAUAUAGAAAUCUGUGUUUAAGAUAUACGCCUUAUUAUUUAAGGCUUCUGUCACUGUAUGUUUGAGGCGGACACCAGACAACGAUGGACAACGAGAGAACGUACAUAGUGCCUAGUUUGUUGCAAACGGCGUACUAUGCUUGCACCGAUAUCGAGCGUGACGGGUACAACUCUCUGGACGUACCGGACGUCGAUAUGCGACAUUGUUGCGAGUUACUGUUUGAAAUAUUAAAAAUCGACAAAAACCAAAACGAGGGCAACGAAAGACAGACCAUGUUCAUCAGGUUGCAGUCGACCAUCGACAACAUAAGGUUUUUAAACAUAAGCCAGGAGGCAGCGUCGCAUGGGCACAUAAAUUGCCUGAAACUCGCGCACGAGAUUGGCGUCCCUUGGAACAUUGAGGUGUGCAACCGGGCUGCGAGUAAGGGGCAUCUGGAGUGUCUAAAGUACGCCCGAGAAAACGAGUGCCCGUGGGAUAAGAAAACUUGCAGCAACGCCGCGUUAAACGGUCACAAGGACUGCCUAGUUUACGCAAGGGAAAAUGGGUGUCCAUGGGACCAAUCGACAUGCCUCAACGCCGCGCAAGGUGGACAUUUGGAUUGCCUGGUUUACGCAAGGGAAAAUGGGUGCCUGUGGCAUGAGAAAACUUGCACAUAUGCCGCGAUGAACGGUCACAAAGAAUGCCUGGUUUACGCACGGGAAAACGGGUGCCCGUGGGACGAGUCGACAUGCUCCAACGCCGCGGAAGGUGGACAUUUGGACUGCCUGAGAUACGCAAGGGAAAACGGGUGCCCGUGGGACAAGUUUACAUGCGGUUCUGCCGCGGAAGGUGGACAUUUGGACUGUCUGAGAUACGCAAGGGAAAACGGUUGCCCGUGGGACGAGUCGACAUGCUCCAACGCCGCGGAAGGUGGACAUUUGGACUGCCUGAUUUACGCACGGGAAAACGGGUGCCCGUGGGACGAUUCGACAUGUUUCAACGCCGCGGAAGGUGGACAUUUGGACUGCCUGAGAUACGCAAGGGAAAACGGGUGCCCGUGGGACGAGAUUACGUGCGGUUCUGCCGCGGAAGGUGGACAUUUGGACUGUCUGAGAUACGCAAGGGAAAACGGGUGCCCGUGGGACAAGUUUACAUGCGGUUCUGCCGCGAAAGGUGGACAUUUGGACUGCCUGAGAUACGCAAGGGAAAACGGGUGCCCGUGGGACGAGAUUACGUGCAGGUGUGCCGCGUAUGGUGGGCAUUUGGACUGCCUGAUUUACGCACGGGAAAACGGGUACCCGUGGAACGAGUCGACAUGCUUCUACGCCGCGAAAGGUGGACAUUUGGACUGCCUGAGAUACGCAAGGGAAAAUGGAUGCCCCUGGGACAAGUUUACGUGCAGUUUUGCCGCGGAAGGUGGACAUUUGGACUGCCUGAUUUACGCACGGGAAAACGGGUGCCCGUGGGACGAGUCGACAUGUCUCAACGCCGCGGAAGGUGGACAUUUGGACUGCCUGAGAUACGCAAGGGAAAACGGGUGCCCGUGGGGCGAGUCGACAUGCCCAGGCGCGGAUUCAGGGGGGGGCUAUUGGUGCUCGGGCACCCCCUGUCAUCUAGCCACCAACAAAAUAAAUUUAUUUCAUAAACUAUAUAAUUUGUUAUUUUUCAAAAUAAAAAUAAUAAUAAUAAUAAUAUCGGUGCUUUUCGUUAUCGCCGUCACAUAUAUACGACAAUAAUAACUAUUGUUAAUUGUUUAAUGUUUUUUAAGUAAACUCGUAUGUAACGACACGCGACAGUCGACGGCGGAUAGCACCGAUAACAAUUAUUAUGUAAUAUCUAUUAGAUCGCUAUUCGGGAUUCGCUAUUAUUUCGUUUAUGUGUCUUAGUAUGCUCGUGACUGCCUGACAAAUAUAUUAUAUUAGUAUAA